CGUGGGAGGAGACGGCUGGAAAGGAGGGGGCGUCUUACCAGGUUGGGUCCGUUUAUCUGCUAAACCUGAUCCGUUUACCGGGUGCCUGUACAUCGCACAUGAAUUUCAGCAACCAGGGAGAAGGGACCCUGCAGGGAGAUUGCGCUCAGGUGUCUGAGUUCGUUCGUAGGUGUGUGCACGUGCACAUCAUCUCCCGGAGGGGAGGAGGGUCCCCAGUCUCUGUAGUUGGGCUUGCUGCCCCUGGGAGCCUGGCCGCGUGUGCACCUGCGCGUGUGUGCAUUGUGUCUGUCCUGGGCUCAGUGUGUGUGUCCUGCAACAGGCAAGGAGCAUAGGGUGUGAAGUCCCAAAGGUGCGGGGUUUAAGGGGCAGCCCCAACUCUCCUGAGCUCGGAGGCUGUGUGGGCAAUGGAGCCAUAACUGUUAACUACUCAGCAGGGCCUGAAAAUCAUCCCAGGAAACAGCGCCUCUAUUACUGUUGUUGUUAUUAUGAUUAUUAUGGUGAUUAUUAUUACCAUUAUUAUUUUUACUAUUAUUAUUACUACUAUUAUUACUAUUAUUAUUACUACUAUUAUGACGAUUUCCCUUGCUCUUACUACCUCUGAUCCUUUCGCCUCAGCGGGUGAUGCGUUUUCUAAUUCAUCAAGACCCCAGGGACGGUGAGAUGUAAAUCCCCUGGGUACUGUCUCUCUUCUUCUCCCCUUCCAUCCAAUGCACCUGCAGGGUCUUCUAAUCCCUGCCCGCCAGGUUUCUCCCUGUGUCACUGACUCCUACCUGCCUCUUCCUUCCUUCCUUCCUUCCUUCCUUCCUUCCUUCCUUCCUUCCUUCCUUUCCUUUUCUUUUUUUCUAAAAUUACGUUUAUUUGUAUGGGAGCAUUCAGAGGACAAAUUGUGGGAAUUGGUUCUCCUGGGAAUUGAACUCAGGUGGCCAGGCCUUGGCAGCAAGUACCUCUAACCCACUGAGUCCUAUUAUCACCCUGUCCACUCCACACCUGUGUUUUCUUUGCUAGCUCUCUGCUUCUCAGCCUAACCCCAUGAUUAAUCAUGCUUCAUAUCGAAAGUAAAGCAAUAAACAAAACCCAAUCUUAGGAUCCUCUAACACUCUUUCCCAUCAGUGUUCAUGUAACAGUCCUGCAGGCACACACACACUCACACACACACACACUCACACUCACACGACACAUUUUUGUAUCUCAGGCUAGUCUCGAAAUUCACUAUUCACCCUGACCUGAUCCCGCUACCUCCUAAGUGCUGGGGUGGGGUCGCAAAGGAGCAUCCUGGUGGCUGGGUUAUGCAGUGCUGGAGACCCAGUAGUCUGCUGCCCGCUACAUUGCCUAGCUCUGUUUUUCCUCCAUGCCGGAAGUCUUGUCUUUUCACACCCGCUACAACACACACCCCACCCCUUACAGAUGCUGCAAACUGGCAGCUCAAGGGUCUACCCUAGGUCAGAUAUUGCUGUUUGGGCUCAUGGGGUGUUUCUUUCUUAAGCGUUUGAAGUCAUGGCAUUUUAAAUUGUAGACCCUGUCUCAAAAAGAAGUAAAUAAAAACCAGAAGAAAGGAGACCAAGAGAGGGAUAAUAUUAGGCGACGAGGAAGGGGGAAUGUAGGAAAAAGGACAUGAGUUAGACAGAUGGUAUAAAACUACUUUUUCCCCCUUUCUAGUUUUAACUUUUUCAUAGUUUUUUUUUUAAUUUUUAUUUUAUCCAUGAUGGAUAAGUGAAUUCAACUUUCCAGGUAUUGAAGAAGUAAAAGUCAUAACAUAAGUAACUAUCCAACUAACUAACUAAGGUUUUGAAUCCUGUGCCUGAGGAACACCCCAGGACGCGGACACCACGGAGAAGUCAAAGGCUGCCUUGGAAGGCCCGCCUCCUCCUGAGGAGGAGAUGCAGGGCCUCAGGCCUGAGCAGGUACAGGGACUGCUACCUCUGGACGGCAGGGCCUGGGAGAAGCCGUGCCCACCCACCUUCCCCAAGGACUGGGAGGCUGUGGAUGUCGGGGCCUUGAGCUGCGACAGCGAUGAGAAAGAUGUGUCUUCUCAAGACACUGGGCUGUCUCUGGACUGGAGUUCGGUCGAUGAAGACGAUGAGUCAGAGGACUCCCAGGGCUUUAUGGAGUGGUCCAGAGCUCCACAGCAAACAACCAUUGUGUUGGUAGUAUGUGUGCUGUUCUUAUUCUUGGUUUUAACUGGGAUGCCCAUGAUGCUCCACAUUUAACUAUCACAGUAGCUGCUGUAUGGAAAUGUAAGCCCGGUGUCACUUAAGGAACUGUCCUAGCUGGAAACCAGGAAUGGGUAUGGAACAUUAUGAAGUAUCUUUCAAACAUCCAUUGAGAUGAGUUUAGUAUGAUCUUUAAUUUAUUUUACAGAUUUAUUUUUAAUUAUGUUUGUCUCUGUGUGUAUGUGUGCUUUGUGAGUGCAGUUCCUGCAGAGGCCAGCAGAGGGAGUCUGAGCUCCUGCAGCUGGAGUU